CCUCCGCACGGGCGCGAGCACGCCACCGUCCUGGUCGUUGGAAGCGCGGCCGCUCCGGCUGGCCCUGGAGGGCGGGGCUGUAGGGGAAAGUGCCAAAACCAUUGAGUGAAGUGAGAAUUCUACUAGAGAGGAAAUGGCUGCCUCUUCAUCAUCAUCCUCAGCUGGUGGGGUCAGUGGAAGUUCUGUCACUGGAUCUGGUUUCAGUGUCUCAGACCUUGCCCCGCCACGGAAAGCCCUUUUCACCUACCCCAAAGGAGCUGGAGAGAUGUUAGAAGAUGGAUCUGAGAGAUUCCUCUGCGAAUCCGUUUUCAGCUAUCAAGUGGCAUCUACCCUUAAACAGGUGAAACAUGAUCAGCAAGUUGCUCGGAUGGAAAAACUAGCUGGUUUGGUAGAAGAGCUGGAGGCAGAUGAGUGGCGGUUUAAACCCAUCGAGCAGCUGCUUGGGUUCACACCCUCUUCAGGUUGACCUUGCCUGGAUGGUCGCCUCUGGUGCACAGCAAGUGCAGGGCCAGCAAGGGACUUUUCUUACAGCUUACAUAGCCAUCCAGAGAUUCACAGCUCCAUUGCUGAAUUGUUAAUUCACAUCCAUACUUGGUUUCUCUGUAUCUAAAGCAACAAAUACUUAUGUAUGAUCUUGCAGGGAAAAUUUUUUUUUAUUUGUUAAAAAAAAUAUUGAGAAUCAUAUUAAGACAAUCGGCAUAAGAGAACCAGGAGGUUUGGGUUUAAGAGAUAUUUAUAAUACUUCACAAGCCAGGGAGGACACCUACCCGAAUUGGCCAACUGAAUGGCGUCUCUCUUGCCAUUCAUGCAGUGCCUGGAAUCCUCACAGUUAAGUCCAAGGUCAGCACCUGGAUUUAUAAAAUACAGCAUUUCUGACCUAAAACAGUUCUUUUUUGCAGAUGAAUGUGAUUUCAACUCAGGAUCUGUCCAAAUGAGGAAUUUUGAAAUGUUCGGGGUUUUUUCUAUUUUUAGACAUUCUAUAGAUUCUAACUUUUUCUAACCUCUUCCAGACAUGCCAAGUGCUGGCAAAAAGAAUUGCUUUUUGAAUGUUGAAGCACUUGUAAAAAUAAAGCAGUGAGCAAAAUCCUUUUAAACAGAAAUCCUGAGUUCACCUUGUUGGUGGGCUCAAGCAAUUCUAUAGCAAAUAAAUCCUUUGAAAGAGCUCCAGAUUAGUUUCUUUAUCCUUUCAAAGUCUCAGGGAUUUAGGAUAGGGGGAAGAGGUCAAAUUACUUUUUAUAAGAAGGGAAUCUAAAAACCAUUUCCCCUAAGCAAAUGGUAGAUUUGUUUUUAUCUCAGGGAUAUUUGUCCUUACAGAAAUAUGUGAAUUUAUCUUAUCAAUAUCUGAGUAGGUUUUAAUACCAUAAUAGGGAAAAACCUGAAAAGCUAAGAGGUGUCCUUCGUUCUUUCUCAUGGGACCCCAGGGUCCACACUGCACAAUUAGGAGAAUCCUUUAUUAGAUUGUAUGCAAAUUUUGCCUUAGAUGACAUUUGCCUCUCUCCUCAGCAAUAACUUGUUACCUGACGUGCUUAGGGUUGCUUAAUUAUGAAUAAAUAUAAUCCCAGUAGCAGUUGACCUUAAUCUCAGGAGUUCAAAAUAUUUAACACGUACUACCUGACAGAGAGGGAGGUGGUGACCUCAUUGAGUCAUUAAGGAUUCUGAGCACAAGAAAGUUAAAGACCUGCUCAUGGUCACAUAGCCCAGGCAGAAGAAAAUCUUGGAACUUGGAAUAGAUUGCAGUUGAUAAUUCAGCCCACUAUUGUUGCCUCUAAAGCACAUCAGAGCACAAAAAUUACCACCUAUUUCCACAAGCAAACUCACCUAUUUCCACAUUAAUAUUUCUCGAACCCAAACAAGUUCCAUAUUUGAAAGCCAUUGAGUUUCCUAACAUUGUAUUUUUUAGCAUCAACCAUCUUGAUGAUUACCAAAGGAAAAAUUAAAAAUACCUAGACUGCAGUAAACCUUUAAAUCAUAUUUUCAGUGACAGUUUAGAAGCAAUCACUAACUUUCAUUCAUUUCAUUUGUAUAACUGUACAACACAGACACUGUAUCCCUUCAUCUUUACCCUUUGGUAUUUGAACUUGUAGACUAUUUUUCUCUUUAAGUUGGACAUUUCUUUUUAUGGUCUUAGAAGUUGAAGAAAUCCUAGGGCUGAACAGAAGUGCUUUCUGAAGCACCUUUCACAGUGAUCAAUCAGCUGCUCCUUAAGUGCUACCAGGAACAAGACCACUGUUUUUGAAGACAGCCCUUCCCUCUCUGUACCUUUCUGUUGGUCAUUAUGUCUUAGCAUCCACAAUUCCUGUUACCGUGCUUUGGGCUUAACGAUGGACCUUGUUGCUCAUCUGUCAUCUCCUCUGCACUUAUGUGCCAGUCACUCACAGGCAUUAAUUAUAAUCCUUUCAAUAAUGCUGCAAGAUAUGUAAUACCCCCUAAAACAGAAGAGGAACUUGAAGCUUAGAGCAAACAUUACUUGCCAAGCCUGCAUAGCUAAGGAAAUGGCCAAGUCUGGAUAUUAACUCCAAGUCUGCCAGACUCCAAAGCUGAGAUUAUUUUAGAUGCACCAUGCUGCAUCCCCCUGAGCCCAACCCACUGCCUUGUACAAAGAAAAAUCCUAAAACCUUAUUUUUUUAAUGAUAAAAUGAAUUAACUACCUGGAGGAAAUAAGCCUCGUCACUACCCUCCCUUCUCCCUCCCAGUGCUUGGUGACAAGGGGUCUCAAGCACAAUGAAGGAACAGCGUCCUCUUUAGGAACUGAUAGGAAUUAGCUAUACGUUAGUGUCUACAUAGCCUUUUAAGGUUCAGUAUGGUGAAAAUGUAGUUAGAUGCUUGAGGCACACCUAAGUGAGCAAGGAGGAAAGCAAGAGGGCAGAUGGCAGCUAAUGACCAGGACUGCACAGACAGCCAUCUGAAGAAAGCUGAUGGUAAUGGUGCCUCUGUGCAUAAAACACAAAGCAUUUUCACAUAUGUCAUGUCUUGAUUCUCACAUCAACCCUGUGAGAUAAAUGAGGCAAGUAUUAUUUCACAGUUGAGGCAACAGGCACAGAGAAGGUAAGGUACCAAGAUUAUAGUUAAUAAGCAAGGGAGCUAGGUCUUUCAAAUCUGUGUCUCUAUGCCUUCUAGUUUAUCAUAUACUAGAAAAUCUGAAGGCAGAAUUUGCUGUUAAAGAAUCGUUCAUGUUGAUCUGAUACAUAAUUACAUAUAACUAUUUUGUCUCAUGGUAAUGAGACAUAGUAAACUUAAAUAAAGCUGGUUUUACUUCUA